UGUGUGUGUGUGUGUGUGAGCCGCUGGCACGGUUGGUUUGGAUCAAGGAAUAUACAGUUUGGAUGUCAGUCUGACUCCGUCACUUCCGUCCAGUCACGUGUGCCUGUGUGCGGGAGUACUCAAAGGCGCAGUGAUGACGGAGGCUGCUGGGACGAGUGGCAGGCUGCUCAACGAGUGUGGCUUGCCAAGUUCACAAGUGAUAAAGCUGUUAAGUGCUGACUUCAGCACUACUGAUGAUGUCAAGGACAUGAAGCCUUCAGAGCUCAGCCAAGCCACAGGAUUGAGCUUAAAGGAGUGUGUUGAGGUGUUGUCAGCAGCUGCCAACAGCCAACACCCCUCCCCUGUUGACAUGCUGCAGCUCUAUCAGGAAGGGAGUGAGUUGCCUCAGAUAGUGACAUUCUGCAAGGCACUGGACACACUUCUAGGAGGCGGCAUUCCACUGCAGGCAAUUACUGAGGUGUCUGGAGUGCCUGGUGUGGGAAAAACACAAGUAUGUUUGCAGGCGUGUGUGUCUGUCCAGCUGCCCAGAAGUGUUGGUGGUGUUGGUGGAGAGGCAGUCUAUCUGGACACAGAAGGAAGCUUCACUGUUAAAAGACUCAAGGAUAUGGCCGCUUGUGCAGUCCAUCAUGUUGGCACAAUAGGUGGAGUAGCUGAAGAUAUUUCUUGCUUCACCAUAGAGUCUAUUAUGAAAGGAGUACAUUACUUCAGAUGUCAGAAUUGUGUUGAGGUGCUGGCAGUUAUCAAAAACAUACCCAAGCUUAUGCUGGCUCAUCCCAACAUUCGGCUUCUUGUGGUAGACUCUGUGUCAUUUCACUUUCGUCAUGACUUCCCAGAUGCAAGGGAUCGGGCAAAGCUGUUGCGCAGCAUCACCAAAGAACUCAUCCAGCCUGCUGUGACACACAAGAUGGCUGUUCUUGUGACCAAUCACAUGACAACUCAUGUGAAAGAGAAAGGAUCAGCCACGUUAGUACCUGCUCUUGGAGAAACUUGGGGCCACUGUCCUACGCUGCGUCUCAACCUAAGCUGGUGUGGACCCACUCGAGUGGCCACCCUCACCAAGGCUCCUCACUGCCAGAACUCCUCAGCCUACUUCCAGGUGUCGGUUGGUGGGCUGAGAGACAUCAGUGACAACACACAGCCCAGCACUGCAGGAAUCUUGCAGCAUGAUUCCCCGCACCAUGAACCAUUGACUAAGAAAAGGAGAAUUAUUGAAUCAAAUAAUAGGUAAUAUCUCACUGGAGGAAAAUUUUUGUAAUAUUUCCUCAAUGUGAAUCAAUAAUUGUUCCAAGGAAUUCUAGAUUUUCCUUUCUUUUUAUUACAAGAGUUUUUGUUUUAUAGUUUCAUAUUGUUUUAUUGUAGAAUAUCAGAAGUCAUAUAGGAUUUGCUUAAUCUCUCUCUCUCACACGCACACACACACACACACACACACCGCACACACACGUGCGAGUGUAGUGAUUAGCACACUCGACACACAAUCGAGAGGGCCGGGUUCAAGUCCUGGUGCGGUGAGGCAAAUGGGCAAGCCUCUUAAUGUGUGGCCCCUGUUCACCUAGCAGUAAAUAGGUACGGGAUGUAACUG